UCAAACUUCUUCAAAUUAGGGUUUGUUGAUUCUCUCUCUACAGCCAUGGCGGAAAUCGAAACAGAGGUGGCUACAGGACAGCCAAAGAAGAGGACGUUUAAGAAGUUCAGCUUCAGGGGUGUCGAUUUGGAUGCUCUCCUUGACAUGUCCACCGAUGAGCUCGUCAAGCUCUUCACCGCUCGAGCUCGCAGAAGGUUCCAAAGAGGCCUCAAAAGGAAGCCGAUGGCUUUGAUCAAGAAAUUGUGCAAAGUGGUAAUAAUUUCAACUAUUAUUUUUUAUUUCUGAUUGAAUUCGAUUUAGAUCUUGUAUUGUUGUUGACUUGAAAAUGGAUUUUUUUUUUUUUAUUUGAGAUUGUGAUUAUGUUUGCGUGGCUGA